UCAGAUUUUUUUGUGUGUGAUUUCCAAAUGUGUCUGCCACAUUACACUAUGUGGUUACACUAACCCAUCGGAAGGGGAAAUAAUAUGGAUUCACAUACCUGUGUAUUUGUCAACUGUUGAAAAUUGACCUGCCUCCUACAGCUGUUUCCCAAAAACACAGGUUCAAAUUACUUCAACAGAAUUUCCAGCGAGGAGGUGACGUAGAACGACACUAUAUGAAUGCACUUUGCAGCAGGUUACGGAGUCAGUCUACUCUGUAGAGCAGGUGCAACUCACAUCAACAGCUCAGUGAACUCUGAUAACAUGGAAGCAACACAAAAAAGAGUGUACAUCAGUCUUCCAAAAAAAUACAUGGCUGCUUUGGGUGAAAACUAUGAACUGGACCACGGACUGGUUAUAAAAGAUCUGAACCCGUAUUUGAAUGAAGGAUAUCUACAAGCUUACUUUAGAGAAUGGGGCACCAUCACAAGGUGUAAGAUUAGCAAGGGCUCCAACACGGAGAAUAAUAAGUCUGUGGCCUACGUGAGGUUUUCUGCGGAGGAUGAAGCAGACAGAGCAGACUGGGCCGGUCCUCACUUUAUUGGAGGCAUUGAAGUGGGAGUGAGACGAGUUGUGAGUCCAAAGAUGGAGGAGGAUGAAUCAGACGCGGAGAUCACCGCAGCGUCUUCAAGGCCGAGACCACGGCGAUCAAUGGGUCUGGGCUACAUCCUGGAAGAUGCUCAGUGGUUAGAUGAUGAAUUGGAGGAAGAAUAAAAAAAAUAUAUGGCAACUUUUUUUUAUAUACCCAGAAUAGCCUAGAUAGCAUAGAACACUGUUUGCUCACCGGAUUAUGAAGCUUGGAUGUAAACUGCAGUGAUAUAGACCAUAUUAAUCUUAUUUUGUAUAUUUUUAUGAUUUGUUUGUCUACUGUGAAUCGGAAAUGGGGCGGAUGUGGCUGAGGGGUAGAGUGGUCGUCCUCCAACCAAAAUGUCGGCGGUUCGAUCCUCAGUCUUCCCCACCUGCAUGCUGAAGUGUCCUUGGGCAAAAUACUGAACCACUAAAUGGCCCCUCAUAGAUGUUGAUGGACUAUUUGUAAGUCGCUUUGGAUAAAAACGUCUGACAAAUGAAAUGUAAUGAAAUAAAGUUGUAGUCAUUAAUAGGGGUAAGAUAUAGAUUAGCAGCAUUAAUGUCGCCACUGUUGGUGAAUUCAUGAUUUUUGAUACAUAAAUAAACUACAUGAUUUUCCCACAUUGCUGAUCUUAA